CUUCUUCCAACCGAGCGCAGCCGAUCUUCCACUAGCCCACUCCCCGCCACCGCCGCCGCGGCGUUCGCCGGUCACCGUCACCGGAUCAAGCACUUCGUCCUCCCGCGCCGCAGCUCCUCCGGAUCACUGUUUCUCGGGCUCGCUCGCAGCAGGCAGGGUUAACCCUGUUGUUCAGUAUGUUCCGGGCGCCGAAUGCUUUCGGGGCGCCUCCUCUUCCUCCUCAGCCUCCCCCAUGGCACUGGCAACAGCCGCCCCAGCCGUCGCCUGCCAUUUCCUUUUGGCAGCGCGACAAUGUGCGGGACCAUGUGAAGAAGCUGCAAGAGACCAUGGAUGUUUCAAGAGCACUGAUAAAUGAGCUUGAGGAGAUUGAGAUGUCCAGAAAUUCAGGUGAUACUUGUGCUCAAGAACCUGAUCCGUCUUCGGCAAAAUUGCCAUCAGUGUCUGGUGGUUCUUCCGAAGACGAGCCCCUUCGUUUUGUUGAGCUUGCUAGAACCAUGGGGAUUAGUCAGGAUAUGCAUGAGUCCAUGGGAAUAGAUGCAGCCAAAUACCUUUGUCAUCAACUUCAGCAUCUUCUUGCACCAAUUUCUUCUGCGAUUAACCAAGGAGGUCCCUGGGAGGAAAGAUCGGCAUUGGUUAGGUUAACUCAGAAGCUGCAGAAAUCCAAGAGGAAUAAGCGAUGGAGGAAGAGAAAAAGGAAGCAUGUCGCAGAGCUUUUCCAGAAGGAGCGUGCGGAUUAUGACAGAGUUGAUCUGGAAGCUGAUGAAUGGAGGGCCAGACAAAUAGCCAAGGACAUUGCAAAACGCAAGGUGGAAAGCAUGAAGCAAAUUGCCAAGAAGAAAGCAAAUGAGGAAAGGAAGCGUCUAGAAUCUGAGCUUGAGCUUGCCCUUAUGGUUGAGAAACUACAGGAGCUUCGCACUAUAAGAGUUCAAAAACUGAAGAAACAAGGUCAUUUUCUUCCGGAAGAGGAUGAUAAAUACCUCGAGCGUGUCAAGGCUGCAGUUGAGGAAGAGGAGCAGCAAGCUGCAACUGCUGCUCGUACUGAUUCAGUUAAGGAUGCUAUUCUGACUGCUGAGGAAUCCAGGAAGGUUCCACAGUACACACAUUCUGAAGAAGAUGGUUCCGAACAAUCUAAAAGUGGCCCAACACUAGACAGGAACCAGGGAGAUGCAGGAAUAAGUGAAAGAAAUGACCAGGCAGGUCAGAAAACAGAACAUAAAGGUCAUAAAGUUGAGGGGAAGGGGCAUGGGCAUCAUGAUCCUGUUAGCAAUCUGCCUUUUGAGUUCUACCACUAUUAUCAUGGAAGUAGCUAUGACAUGGGGACACUCAUUGAGGUCCGCAGAAUGUGGGAUUCUUUUAUUAGACUUGGAGGAAGCCGUAUACCUGGGCACUGGGUUCAACCACCCCCUCCAGCUGAUGAGGUUUGGACAUCGUAUUUAGUGCAGCCCAAAUAAUCACCAUUGGGUUCAAGCAAUGGCCUUUUAUACUGCACAACCACUGGAACCUUUCAAAGCUACUGCAAGGCAAGCUAGGUACUUGAGCUACUAGAACUUUGAAUUUUUGUUUACAGUCCUUGGGAGGUACAGCAAGAUAUUGGAUAUCUCCUGCUAUUACUUAGUGUUAAUUGUGGUACCUCCUUAUAAGAUAGGAGGCACCAGUACCUCCUGGGAAGAUAGGAUUUUCCAGUACCUCUUGGUAUAUCAUGUCAACUAAUGAUGUAGAGAAUUGUUAUGGGGUGCAAGCGAUUGCUGUGAUCUGAGUUAAAUUUACUCAGUUGCUUGUUCUAUAAACACUUGAUCAAUGUUUAAUUAUCUUCUGGUUUAUGCA